AUGGCACAUAUUCUUGAUAAACUUUCUCGGUUAGCCAUACCGAUAGGUUUUUCUCUGGCUAUUGGACAAGCAUCAAUGUAUGAUGUUAGAGGAGGUUCCCGAGCUGUGAUUUUUGACAGAUUUGUUGGAAUAAAAAAAGAAGUAAUAGGAGAAGGAACACAUUUCCUUAUUCCAUGGCUUCAAAAAGCUAUUAUUUAUGAUGUGAGAACAAGACCUCGGAACAUUGCAACAACGACAGGAAGCAAAGAUCUGCAAAUGGUUUCUUUAACACUUCGUGUAUUGUAUCGCCCAGAUGUAGUGAAACUUCCAAAGAUCUAUCAAUCUUUGGGUCUUGAUUAUGACGAAAGAGUACUUCCAUCAAUUGGGAAUGAAGUCUUGAAAUCAAUUGUGGCACAAUUUGAUGCGGCAGAACUAAUUACACAAAGGGAGAUCGUUUCAUCAAAAGUUCGAGAAGAUCUUGUAAAACGUGCAUCAGAAUUUGGUAUUCAACUAGAGGACGUAUCUAUUACACAUAUGACAUUUGGCCAAGAAUUCACAAAAGCUGUUGAACAAAAACAAAUUGCACAGCAAGAUGCUGAACGUGCAAAAUUCACCGUCGAAAAGGCAGAACAAGAACGUCAAGCAUCUGUAAUUCGUGCAGAAGGAGAGGCAGAAGCCGCUGAAACAGUAUCAAAAGCACUUCAACGUGCUGGUGACGGACUAAUUUCGAUCCGAAGAAUCGAAGCAAGCAAAGAAAUUGCAGCUGUUCUUGCAAAUGCUAAGAAUGUAACAUAUCUUCCAGGACAACACUUAGGAGCAAAAGAAGGCGCAUUACAAGGGGCAAAUUAUCUUUUAAAUCUAUAACUAGAACGCUAUUAAAUAAAACA